GGGAUAACAAAGGCUGUAAGGGAUAUUAUAUAACUGUCUUUGAAAAGAGCCCAUAUAUAAAAAGCACCCAAAAUGACGCAAUCGUUCUCGGAGAACUUGGAAGUUCGAACGGCGCUAGUUAAUAAGACGUGCUAAGUAAAAAAGGUAAUCAACUGCCCCUCCAUUGGACAAUAAUCCACUUUCAACCUCUAAACUUCUUAGCCGGCGAAUCCAUCGGAGGGGCAAACUUAUUAAAGUGCUUUCCCCAAAACACCACCACCAACAUUAUCUAAGGUUAGGUACAACUUAUUAGCAUCGGCGCCUGCCUCUCUCCUCUUUUCUUAUUUUUCGUACUCGACAUAUACCUAAACGCGACACAAAAACCAGAUCCCUACAACUUUCCAGUAGAAACAUAUAAUCGCCAACAAACGACAAAGAUGGGGUUGGUGAAGGAGAUCACGGCCCAGCACGAAUGGGAGACCUUCGUCGGAUCGCUCCCCAAGUCCACCCUCCUUGUCAUCUUCUUCCACGCGCCCUGGGCCGCGCCGUGCGCGCAGAUGGCCAAGGUCAUCGAGACCCUAGCCAGCGACUACUCCGCGAAGGACUCCCCACCCACGAGCUGGGUGUCCAUCAACGCCGAGGAGCUCAGCGACAUCUCCGAGAUCUACGACGUCGUCGCCGUCCCGUACGUCGUCCUCCAGCGCAACGACCAGGUCCUCGAGGCCGUCAGCGGUAGCAACGCCGCCGCCCUGCGAAAGGCCAUCGAAACGCACGCUCCCCUGAAUUCCUCUACCACCACGACGGCGGCGGCGGUGGCGACUAACGGCAACAAUUCGGCGGAUGCCGCGGUGGAAGGAGGAUCGGUUGAGAAGAGCGAGGAGGUGCUGUCCCCCGAGGAGGAGCUGAACAAGAGGCUUACGGGCCUGGUCAACGCGGCGCCCGUGAUGCUGUUCAUGAAGGGCACGCCGAGCGAGCCCAAGUGCGGGUUCUCGCGGCAGCUGGUGAGCAUCCUGCGGGAGCGCAGCGUCAAGUACGGGUUCUUCAACAUCCUCGCCGACGACGACGUCCGGCAGGGCCUCAAGAAGUUCGCCGACUGGCCCACGUACCCGCAGCUGUGGGUUUCGGGCGAACUGGUUGGCGGUCUGGAUAUCGUCAAGGAGGAGCUAGAUAAGGACCCCGAUUUCUUUAAGAACUUCAGCGUUCCGAGCCAGAAUGGCGCUGCCGCCACUGCUGCUUGAGUAUCACAGCAGGAGGAUAAAGGUACUGCGUAGCCGGGUGGUAGCCCUAGGUACAUAUGUACUACCUUUGAUCUGAGUAUACGCUGGGCAUUUUAUGCCACAAAUGAUUCCGAGAAACUCUUAUGAUGUAAAGCAUCGAACGGGUGGAUUCCCUACCUAGGUAACUAGGCUGCGCCUUGGCGGCUUUUGAAGUCCGAAAGCUUCCUUUGGAGGUUUGCAAAGUCUAUAUUUCGCGAUAUAUUCUCAAGGUUCUCUCUCCUAUGCUGAACGUGGAGGUCGAGAAGGUCGGUAGAUCCGCGACAUACUACGAUGACGAGUGGAUAUCACAGGGAGCCAGAGUUAGUUCCUCGACCUAAAUACCCUAAUAUGAAUGAAUUAAGCCAGUAAUCGUAUCCGUUGCAUGGGUUUGCUAGCCCCGAAUUAUAAUUAUGCACUUUUUCUGUAGGCUACUUAGGGAAGAAGCACUGUAAUGUUUCUUUAGGGGUGUAGAGGUGAUAGGAGACAGAAUCUACACUGUUAUGCAAAAAUUAUUACAACGGGCUCCGAAGGCAUGCUAGAAAUUACAUUUAAACUCCAGAAACCGAUGUGCCACAUAACAUAUAUGAUCAUCACUUUCAAACCAAGAUGGGGAGGGAUAAGUC